AUGAAAUUAAUGUGCUCGUAUAAAUGGUUGAUGGGACAUUUGCGAAUGUCCUAUUUUGGAUGGAUGGAAUACACUGUAAUAUCAGGGAAUUUGACAAUUCUAUUGAUUAACUUUAUGGUUGUUUCAAGGAAUUUGACGAUUCUAUGGAUUAACUUUAAGAGAGUCUAUAAAAGGAUAAACAGCGGGAAGGUAAGAAUUAAAAAUGGGAUUAACCGACAUCUGGCGCAGACGUCAUUGUGUGCGCAAAUCGCAACUAUGAUAAUGCCUUCAGUUCAGUAUACCGUAACAAGGAUAUAG